CUCCCUUGUAGAACGCCAUCUUGGUCUGCUACACAAACGAACAGGGAACUCUGCAACUAAGAGAAACCUGGAUUCGGAGUUUCCUCACUAACCAGGGGUCAAGGCCAGAUUCUAUGAAUACCCACAAUGCAUCUGGUUAGUUGAUAGAAACCAAGAUGGCAGUGGCAAUUCCCACAGUAAAGGCGGCUGAGUCUAUUGAAAAUGACAGUGAUAUCACAAAUAAUUUACCUACUUUACAAUUUGAAAGUGCAUUAACCGAUGAAGAAAAAGACCUUCUGGUACUUCGUGCGAGAUCACACGCUAUAACUGUGUCAGCAUGUGCUCAGGCAACUUAUUUGGCAGCUGUUUUUAAUGAAAUUAGACAAAUUCGAGCAGAACUUCGGCAUCCAAAACUGAAGAAGUCCAAACUAUUACAGGAGGCAACCCCAAGGGAUCCUCUUUUAGUGGGCAUUAUUGGUUGCGGGAAGCUGGGGAGUCAGCUGGCAAACUGUCUACUAACGUAUGCAGAUGUCAGACCUGAGGAGUUAAAAAUUUCAUCAAGAAGACCUGAAACAUUAGGUGAUCUACAGGACAGAGGAGUGAGGUGCUUCCAUGAUAAUGCCAGAGUGGCAUCCUCAGUUCACUUGUUAUUCGUAUGUGUCCUACCAUCUCAGUUACAAACUGUUGGAGAUGAAAUCAAAGGACUCAUUCCCUCUCAGUGUGUUGUGUAUAGCCUUGUUAAUGCCGUCCCCAUUUCCAGAUUGAAGCAUUUGUUAGGCACCACAAAUAUCCUCAAACCUCAGUUUAAGUGGGACUUAGAGAAUGGGAAUUUGCCAUGGGACUAUACACUUGAUAUCAAUGGAGCAAUAGAAACUAUGUCAAUGAUGAAAAAGACUUGUCCUUUGUAUCAAAAUAAAGCUGAUGCUAUUGUUUAUACAGAAGAAAAGUAUGCAGAACUUUUGCUCUAUACCAUCAUCAACUUUUGUACAAGCCUGCGACUUUGUAGACCAGAGGUGUUAGACAUUCUAAAUGCUGUGGUGUUUGGACAAACUAAUGGAGAGGAUACUCCUGUAGUUAGAGAGAAGGAGAUUACUAAGAAACCUGCAGAUGCAGAUAACUUGUUUCCUAGAUUUGACUUGACAGCGCUAGCAGAGGGGAAGUUAACAACUCUUGGAAAAAAGAUAAUACGAGAUGAGGCUGUGAGAGCUAGCUUUAUCAAGAAAUACUGUGGAGUCAUCGAACAGUACUUACAGUGGAAACGAUACCAUGAAAAUUUGAAAACAAGAGGAUUUUGAAUUAAUUUUUUUAACUGAUUGCAGGCUGUAAGAUGAUGGACAUUUAUCUUGUGUUUGUAUGGCUGUGAUAUUGUAUUGCACAGUUUGUACAUACACACUGUAGGAUGGUGUGUG